GAUGUAAACGUCACCACAGCUUCCGGGUCAUACAGGAAGAGUUACCAAAUAUGGCUGACCGUUAGCUUCAGCUAGCUAGUUUUGCUCACGGGAAGCUGCAGAAGCCUGAUGGCUUCAUUUGGCUGGAAGAGGAAAGUUGGUGAGAAGGUUUUAAAGUCAGUUGUGCAGCAGUUUGAGGCUGAGGCAGAGAAGGCUGACGAUGAUGGACCAAGUCAGGACGAGGAUGUGGACUGGCUGCACGCAAUAAAACGACGGCGGGAGGUCCUGCUGGAGGACUGCGCAGCCAAGAGCAAGAGGCUGAAGGAUGAGGGUGCACUGCUGGCUGAGCAAGGCAGGCACUGGGAGGCUGUUAAGAAGUGGGACGAAGCCAUUCAGCUGACUCCAGACAAUCCAGUACUGUAUGAGAUGAAGUCUCAGGUUCUGACCAUUCUGCAGGAAGUGUUCCCUGCUGUGAAGGCAGCGGAGAUGGCAGUGAAGUUCCGCCCCCUUUGGUGGGAGGGCUGGCAGACUCUGGGCCGUGCCCAGCUCAGCCUGGGAGAGGUGGACCUGGCUGUGAAGUCCUUUCAGGUUGCGAUCCACCUGUGUCCGUCAGACCGCACCCUGUGGCAGGAAGACCUGGCGUGGGCGUGCAGGUUACAGAAGCAGCACUUAGCUACCAUGGAGAAAAUUCGACAAGAGGAGGAGACCAAAAAACAGAUCCUUAAUGCCCCUGAGCUCGAGCAGGACUAUGAUUUUGAGUCGGAUGAGGUGCUGGCAGCCUGCGAGGCCGUUGCUGAGCGACAGACGCGCUAUGAGGAGCUGAAGAGGACCGCCGUGGUCAUAGACGCUGAGGGAAAUAUAAAAAAUGUAGUCACUGGUGAAGGGGGAUCAGAGGACACAGCGACACCAUCAAAGGAACAGUUUGUCAAAGCAAGAGGACUUUGAACUGGUCUCAGCGUGAAUUGAAUGUCUGGGUUCCAUUUUUUAGGAUGGAAUGGGAUUAUUUCUGAAACCGCAAUGAGUGUGUUAACCUAUAGCAUAACAACUUUUCUUUAGAAGCAAACAUGCUCUGACAAUGUCUAGUGAAGGAUUAUGUGCAACAGAAUAAAAUACAAUUGAGGUUUAUUGUUUUACAUUUUCCGUCCCUUUAAUGUUAAUUACAUUAUAUGUGCAUGUAAAGUUUUUGCAUGCACACCCAAAGAUUAAAGACAUUUUAAAUCUGUUCUGGCUCAUCACUGUAAAUCACCUUCAGUUCCAGACAGCCAAGAAAACAGCUUGAGAGUCAUAUUUCAGCCAAGAAGCAUCUGGCAGUCCCUGGAAGAGAAGCUUCUACUCACAUUUAGCAAAUUAGCUUGGUUGGAAUUGUCAAGCCUUUUUAUUUGGGAUUGUUAUACAAUUUAGACUCAGUUUACAUAAAAGAUGUACAAAUUAAGAAGGAAAACAGAAGCUCCAACACACUAAGUAUCCUGUAAAUGAAGCUGCUAGCACAUUAUUGAAGAAACCCAAACAUUUGAGUUAAAACUGUUUGCUUCAGUAGUAGCCUACAUUUAAGAAAUUAAUCUUUCAGAAUUUAAUUAAGGUUUAUGAACACAAAUCAAAAUUAGAAAGAGAGGUGGUAGAGAUUAAACGGAAUAAAAUAGUUGCUUCCUUAGGUGACCUGAUGAAGGUCUUUAUAAAUUAAGGCACAUCAGCUCUGAUAGUCAGAUGUUAUUGUCUGUGGUGUUUUGAUGCGUCUGUGUUUGUGAAACAGGUUGUUGAAAAAGGGCAUGCAUGCUCAGCAAAUUGUAAAUGAGUAAUAAACAUGAAUCAAAAUGUGUGAUA